AUGGAAUUUACACUCCGCUACGUCAUCCUGCAUUCAACACCAUUCACUUCCUGCCUGACCUGACGCGCUCUCUCAAAGCUCUCCUCUUGCACUACCUUCCUUUUGGCAUGCACGCAUACUUCUCACUUAUCAUGCUAGACGCUCUGAUCUCGCUCCCGAUCUUCUCCUUCUUCCUUCUUCCAUUAUGGACAUCAUGGACCACACAGCUCAACCUCGCCUUCUUCUACAUGACAUGGGCGACCUUCGUCAUGUCGCACCCGGCCUACAACGUUGAAGUCGUGGGGACGCUGUUCAUCCGGCUCAUAUUCUAUGUCAUACCUGCGUUGGCAUUUCUGGCGUUCGAUUGCCUGGUGCCCAGUAUAUCGACAAGCAUAAAGGCGCAUGGCGACGAUGCACUGCCGCGUAGACUCGGGCGCAAGAAGGUCGCAAAGGUAGUCGGUGUCUCGCUGGCGAAUGUGCUGCUGGGCGUGGCCGCACAAGCAGGUAUCGAGUUACUAGCCACCAGAGUACUCCACGUCCGCAGCGUCGUCAGGAUUAAUAUUCAACUGCCGUAUCCCUGGGAUAUGUGGAUGGACGUAGCCAAGGCAUUCGUGAUCCGCAACAUCCUCCAAUAUUAUAUCCACUUCUACGUUUUGCACCGCUCGCGUACCCCGGUCGCUAAAUACCACGCUUCAUGGCACCAUUCGCUCCCGCUUCCGUUCUCCAUUGCUGCGACGUACGAUCAUCCGCUGCCAUACCUCAUCGGGCAUUGGCUACCGACCUUUAUCCCUGCUGCCCUCUUCCGCUUCCAUCUACUCACCUACUUCCUGUUCCUGGGACUUGUCUCGUUGGAGGACCUCUUUACCUGGUCCGGCUAUACCGUCUUGCCGAGCCACAUCCUGAUGACGGGUAUGGCGCGACGCCGUGAUGCGCAUAUGCUUAGUAGCGGCCAAGGAAAUUUCGCACCAUGGGGUGUGCUGGAUUGGGCGCACGGAACGGGCUUGGGUAAAGAUGUUGUCGAUGAUUUGAAAGCCGAAGCAGAAAAGAGAGACGUCAAGGGGAAGGCGAGCAAUGGGGUAGAGAAAGGAGGGGUCUUCUUGGAUGAGGCGGGGGAGAAGAUGAAAAGAAGGGGUAGAGCGAAGAGAUAGUGGUGCAUCAGCGAGCUGAUGACUUACAUGUGACAGUUACACAAUCUUUUUAAAGCGUUAGAUACCCGUCUGCAAUGCGAUAUAUUGUUCGUUAAUGUCAUUACAACCGAAGUGGAGAAUCUGAGACCGGUCGCUAAAGCAAUCGUCGCGCGUGAAUUGA